AUGGACGAGGAGAAGGGCAGCCGUCGGUCCAGGGGUUGCAGCACCCUGGAAAAAUGUCUGAUAUUUCUUUUCGUGGCCAUGACCGGCGUCUGCAUCGGCCUCGUGGUCGUCUACUUCACUGAGAAUAACUCGACUACUCUUACAGAAGGGCAGGACUCAGGGUGUGGUGGUCCUCAGGAGCUGUCCGGAGAAUCGGGCACCUUCACCAGCUAUAACUACCCCAACAGCUACGACAAUGGGAAGAGCUGCACCUGGCAAAUCACUGUGGACCCCGACAAGGUGAUCCAACUGUGGUUUGAGGAGUUUGCUGUGGAAGACACCGAGCUCUGCACGUCCGACUUCAUCACACUGCGAGACUCUCUGGGAAUCAUUGGAAAAUACUGUGGCUACACCAAACCAAAGCCGGUGGUGUCUCUUACAAACCACCUGACCGUGUUCUUCGACACCAAUGAAAGAAAAACAGACCAGGGAUUCAAAGCUCAUUACAAAGCUGUGGCUCCAGCGCUCGCACCAGAGAUAGCCGGAGCUGGCGGUUACCUCCAAGGUGACCGGGGGGAUCUGAUGACCCCCGGCUUCCCAGAGCAGAACUACCCCAACGGAGCACUUUACCAGUGGAAGAUUACGGUGCCUGAAGGCGAGAGGGUUCGACUGACCUUUACCUCCUUUGACCUGGUCCCUGAGGUCUGUGGAGACUUUAUUCAGGUCUACGACGGGGACAAGGCCGGCUCUUCUCUACUCAGUAAAUUCUGUGGGGGGACGAUGCCGAAGCCAGUUCAGACCAGCGGCAACACAAUGGUGCUCCGCUUCAAAACGGACAACAGUUUGACCUCUAAAGGGUUCAGAGCGACGUUCACCAAGUCCAGCCUCCCACCUGUUUCUACCACCACAACCAAACCCUCAACCACAACCACUCAAACACCUCCACCUUCCACAACUUCUGGUGAUGGUCCAGUCAUUAUUCAGGGGCGCAAAGGAGAGAUCCAUUCCCCGGGUUAUCCAAAUGCAUAUCCUGCUCAUCAAAAGACCUCCUGGAAGAUAUCUGUGCCCAAAGGAUUCCUGGUAAAACUGCAGUUCACUGACAUGGCCAUCACAGGAGAGAUUGGACAAUGCAAGGAGGACAAACUGGUCAUCACAGAUAACUACAGCACAUUAGGCACACACUGUGGCUACCUUCUCCCCCCCUUGGUGGUCAGUGCCAGUGACACAAUAUCUGUCAGCUUCACGUCGGACAGUCGCCUCACAGACCGAGGGUUCUCUGCGAAAUGGGAAGCUGUGUAUCCUGAGGAUAUUGCAGAGAUCCAGGGCUGUGGCCUUUUUUCCAGAGCGCGAACAGGAGUUAUUAAGUCCCAGAACUGGCCAGUGAACUACAAAGCCAACGCAGAUUGCAUGUGGAACAUCGAAGCACCUUUGAAUAAAAGAAUCACCCUGCAGUUUACCCACUUUGACCUGGAAGCCAAAGAUUUCCUAUCGUCCAAAUGCUAUGAUAACAUAGUAGUGUUCGACAUGAAUAUAAUUACUAACGCGCUCAUUCAAACACAUGGUCCAUUUUGUGGGACUAAGCUGCCUGCAACUAUCCUGACAAAAGGCACAAGGCUGGUGAUCCGUUUCCAUUCAGACUUGUUUACCGAGUCUAAAGGCUUCAGGGCCUACUGGACAACAGACCCCAGUUUGCCUGCUCCCACUGAGCCACCAGUACCAGCCAACCCCUGGGAUGACAUCGCCAUAGAUUGGAGUAGAUGUGGGAUACCAGCCACCCCUCCUUCUGUUACGUCUCGCAUUGUGAACGGAGAGCCCGCCACGCCUCACUCCUGGCCCUGGCAAGUGUCCAUGCAGGUCUGGCCGGCCAGUCGCCCAGAACCUACUUUCUUCCACACCUGUGGUGGUACUCUGAUUCAUAAGAACUGGGUCAUGACAGCAGCCCACUGCUUCAUAAACUAUGCGGACGAGCUGCAGCGCUGGAGCAUGUGCCUUGGCAAACACAACCUGACCUUCACAGAGCCGAGUCAGCGCUGCUUUAAUGUGACUGGUAUCUAUCGCCACGAGGGCUUCAAGUAUCCCACAGUGCCCACGGUGGAGUUUGACAUUGCCCUGGUCAGGUUGGAUGGAGAUGUGACCCCCAGUAAUGAGAUCUCCUUCGCCUGCCUUCCCUCCGUGGAGGAAGUCCUGCCUGCAACCAAGAAGUGCUACGCCACCGGCUGGGGAGAUGAGACCGGUGCUGUUCCUGCUUCCUGCUCUUGA